AUGCCAUACCUAACCAACGCAUUCAAUGAGCUAGGCCUCCUAACAAUGUGGCACUCCACAUUGGAUGUCAAACUCCUCUGCGCUCAACGUUUCGUCCGACUAUUCGCAUACGGCGGCUCAACACUCAUCCUUGCGUCAUACCUAUCCGCCAUUGGCAUCUCGGAUGAUCGCAUUGGAUUAUUUAUGACGUUGACGCUGGUCGGCGAUGUGGUGAUUAGCUUCUUCCUCACGCUAUUUGCCGAUGCGAUGGGCCGCAAGGCGGUGUUGUCGCUUGGAUCGGCGUUGAUGGUUGGGAGUGGGCUGGUUUUUGGGUUCUUUGGGAAUUAUUGGGCUCUUUUGGCUGCGGCGGUUUUUGGUGUUAUUAGUCCGAGUGGGAAUGAAAUUGGUCCUUUCCGCGCUGUGGAGGAAUCGACUUUGGCGCAUCUUACGCCUCAUGAGUUGCUUAGUGAUGUUUUUGCUUGGUAUUCGCUUAUUGGGACUGCUGGUUCGGCGUUGGGUAUGCUGGUCUGUGGCUGGAUUAUCAAUUCUUUGGAGUCCAUUCACGGGUGGGAGUUCAUUCGUUCGUCUCGGAUUAUCUUCUCCGUCUAUGCCGGUGUUGGUAUCGUCAAGUUGAUUCUUACUCUGAGUUUGAGUGGCAAGGUCGAGGUUCAGAAGGAGGAGACUCUGGAGAAUGGUGAAACUCGUGCACUGCUGGAUCCAAACCCAGAACAGGAACAGGAGGCACCCAAGAAGAAGGGCUUGUUUGCAUCUAUUGAAAAGGGUCUGUGGUCGCUCGUUAUUCGACUGUUCAUCUUGUUCGGUUUAGACGCGUUCGCCUCUGGACUGGCUUCUCUAUCUUGGGUGACAUACUUCUUCAAGCGCAAGUUCUCCCUCCCCGAGGGUGAACUGGGAACGAUCUUCUUCACCACGAACAUCAUCUCCGCAGCCUCCAUGCUGGUCGCAUCAUCUCUCGCCAAGCGCAUUGGAAAUGUCAAGACCAUGGUCUUCACUCACCUCCCCUCAGCCGUCUGCCUGGCCCUGAUAUCCGUCCCAUCCAGCCUCCCAUUGGCCCUAACUUUCCUCGUCCUACGAGCUAGCUCCCAGAGCAUGGACGUAGCACCCCGCUCCGCAUUCCUAGCGGCAGCCCUACCAGCAAACAAGCGCACAGCCAUUAUGGGAGCCGUUAACGUUGUCAAGACAACCAGUCAAAGUAUGGGACCCCUGCUAACAGGUAUCUUGGCACGCAACGGCUUCUUCGGUGUCUCCUUCAUGAUCGCCGGAUGCUUGAAGGUCGUCUACGACCUGGGCAUGUUGGCCAGCUUCGCUGGCAAGGAAGCACCUCGCAAGCGGACUGCGCAAGAAGCCGACGAAGAGAAUUAA